AUGCUUUAUCAAUGUAAUAUUGUUCGCGCUAGAAUCAACGCUAUUGAUGACCUUCGGCCAAGUAGACAGACAAAACCUCGCAUUGACGAAAGGUCGAACCAGCUCACGACACCCAUUAAGGCUGAGCUAGAAGCUCAGAAUGCCAAAUCAGGGAAGGAGCCAGCCUCAAUUUCAUAUGAAGUCCUACAAGUCGCCCUAAACAGACAUCAGCUCGCCGAGGCAGAACUUGCUCCACUGGAACGUAAACUCCUUCAGAUCAGGAAUUCCCUCGACCAGCUCUGGCAUGAUGCUCCACCCAGCCCCAAUGCAGGCCAAGAGCGUGAAGGUGACAUGGCGCGCAGUGAAAAGUCCAUCAAAUUAUGGAACAAAGUUGCGGCCGCCGGUCGUGAGCGUAAGGCCCGAUUGGAGGCCAUGAGUGCUAGCUACAACAUCUCAGCCGGAUUGGCCCAAGAACUGAGCUGGAUCAACGAGAAGUUGCUGGUGUUGGAGAAGACCGCGAAACAGGCCAGAGAAACAGCGACUGCUCGGAAUCUGCAGUUAGCUCAGCGACUUUGCAAAAACUACGAGACUCUUGCCAAUGAGGUGGAUGGUCAUAACCCCCUCUGGGAAAAUAUAAAACAUUCUGCGGAACAACUUUUGGGUUCGAGCCGCGACCAGCCGGCCGAAUCGCGCAGCACCAUAAAGCGCCAACUUGAUGCGACCUCAUCGGCUUGGGAUAGACUGCGUGCUGAGAUGGCCAAACGCAAGGCUGAUUUGGACGAAUGUCUUGAGUCGGCCCAGUUCUACGCAGAUGCCGAGGAGGCCAAACGCUGGAUUCAGGAGAAGGUCACCCUGAUCGAAACCGCUGGCAUACUGACCAAGCCCUUAGAGAGCCGCAACGAUCUAGAUCGAGCGCUCAAAUACUGCGGUGCGAACUCCAGUGCAACAAUGGUAAGAAAAAUUCCUCACCUUAAUUCUCUGUUUUAA